ACUGCAGAGAGGGGGGCGCGGAGAGGCGCGUCGUACGGGCCAUAGCCUUAUUAGCAUAGCCGAGCAUACGCCACGAAACACAUGCUGGGGCAACGAACUGUGAGGACACUCCAGACAGACCGAACAAUACCGACAACUUAAAGGACACAAUAAUGCCGAGCCGUCCACCCCGCGACUAGGCUGGGCGGCUAGCUGUGCAUCUCUGAGAGACGCUGAGGGAUCAUACAAUUUCCACGUUUAGAUUUGAGCCUGUCUCCUCCUCUGUUGUGUUUAUUUGGACAUGUCCUCGCUAAAUAUAGACGACGAGGACCAGAGAUGGGUUCCUACACACGUCCAGGUCACCGUUCUGCGGGGCAGGGGCUUGCGGGCAAAGGGCAAACACGGUACCAGCGACGUCUACACCAUAAUCCAGGUGGGCAAGGAGAAAUACUCCACUUGUGUUCUGGAAAAGACCACUGCUCCCGAAUGGAAGGAGGAAUGUUCUUUCGAGUUGUUACCGGGUGUUCUGGAGCAGGUUGGGGACGGGGGCGCCUACCCUCCUGGGAGCAGCGACUUGGUCCUGACGGUGAUGCACCGGGCGCUCAUAGGACUGGACGUGUUUCUGGGCCAAGCUGUCAUCCCCCUGGAUAAGGUGUUUCAGGACAGAAUAUGCAUGAAAAACGAGUGGUACAAGUUGAACUCCAAGACUGGGAAGAAGGAGAAGGAGCGAGGGGACAUCCAGGUGACGGUGCAGUUCACCAAGAACAAUCUGACAGCCAGCAUGUACGACCUCUCCCUGGGUAAGGACAAGCCCCGGUCCACCUUCGGCAAGAUCAAGGACCGCAUCAAGGGCAAGAAGAGGAGCAGCAAGGACUCUGAUGAAGACUCUGCCUCCACUAUUGUGAGCGGCUACGGCCCCGUUUCCCGCAUGAGGAACCGGUUGCCGAGCGAUGGCGGCGGGGAGGAAGACUAUGAGGACGACGAAGGAGGGGAGGGGCGGAGGAGUAAGAUGAGGAACUUCUUCCUGCGAGGGAAACUGAGGAAGUCGUCUGAUACGAGGUCGAGCACGUCGCUAGGGUCGGAGAGUAGUGAGUCGUCGUCGAGGGGAGGGAGUCUCAGUCCCACCGCUGGGAUCUCUGUAGUGGUGUCUGACCUGUCUAACUCGCCUAGCAACAGCAGCAACUUCACAGCAGACAGCCCUGAGCAUACGGCAGAGUCGUCUCCCAAGCUGGCCUCCUAUACAUGUGAGUUCACUGACGAGUCUGGAGAGAUCAACAUCCCUGUGCCUCAGCCUGUCUGCAUCAAUGGAAGCCAUGUGUACAACACCACCCUGGACCCUUGCCCGGGGAACCCCGUAAUACCUUUAGAUCCUCUAGCCCUGGUGAAGAAGAACCUGCCUCUGUCCCAAUCCCUCCAGAACCUCAACCAGCAGAGAGAGGAGCUCCCUGUCCUCCUCCCUAAAGGUCCCGCUGCGGACGGCCGGCGCUGGUCCUUUGACAAGGCAGGGAAGGAGGAGAAGGUGGCCAUCGCAGCGGCCCUGGAGCAGGCUGGUCAGGGGAUGGUCGAGGGAGCCAGGGAAGAGUCAGACCGAGACAACCAGGGGAGGAAACGGAGCAGGAACUGUCUGGAUGAGUCUGAACAGGCCUCUAACUCUGACUCUGGCGAGAAACACAAAGGAUGGUUUGGAGCAAAGGACAACCAUAGCAAACCCAGCCCGGUGGUGUCACCUAGCUCAGACCCUCACCUCACCCCCCAUACCCCUGGUCUCACCCCCCUUACCUCUGGUCUGCUGUCCUGGGGCCCCCCUCACCUCACCCCCCAUACCCCUGGUCUCACCCCCCUUACCUCUGGUCUGCUGUCCUGGGGCCCCCCUCAUCUCCCUGUAGAUCCUAUCUCACUGGGCACCCCACUCCAUCACACUAACCCCUUCAGCCUGUCUCCUCUCCCUAUGUCUCCCUCCAACCCGUUCCUCUCUCUCCUCCAGUGUAACCCGUUCUAUGAGGAACUCCGAGCUGAUCAAGCUCUAAACCUUAACUCUGCCCAGCCCCAUCUGUCUCCCUGUUCUAGCUUUACCUCCUAUAUCUCAGUAGCACCACAAACCUGGUCUACCAACCCUAACCCCAUCCUGCCCCUAACCCAACACCGCCAAGUCACACAAGACUGCACUAACACUGGUAUGAAGGAACAAAGACCCUCCCAUAAACCUCCUACAGAAGAGAAGAGCGCCAACACUAAGGAGAGAGAAGAAGAAGCAGUUAAAACUAGCCAGAGACCGCUCCCUCCUCUCCCAAAGACGGUGCCCUCUGCUAACUCUCCCGUCUGUGAGGAAGACAUGUCCCGUGCUGAGGUUGAGAUUGCAUCAUUCCACUCUGCCACUGGCUCAGACAACAUGGCUGCUUUAGACUUGAUGGGGGAGGUCUGUGACGAUCGAUGCUGGGCCACUUUUGAUGAUGUCAUCCGGUCAGACGCAAUAGAUCGAGCCACAUCCCUUCUGGGAGCCAUGUGUGUUGAUAAAGAGAAGACCACAUCCCCUGAAGCAAGGAUAGACUGGCCAAUCGGCAUGGACUUAGAAUCAUAUAACUCACCAGAACUUUCCAAUGCACUUCUACACUCUUUCAGCUCUCAAGCUCGCAGUCCACUAAAAACAUUUCAGACCACUACUGGGACAUCUAGUGGUGUGAAGAUCAAUGAAGACAUUGAGGAUUACAGAUCAGAGGACCAAUACCCAGAACAUCCUCGUGUGGAGUCCGUUGUAGUCCAACGGUCCCUCUCAGAGGAACACCUGCACCAACGAUCCCUCUCAGAGGAACACCUGCACCAACGAUCCCUCUCAGAGGAACAACGAUCCCUCUCAGAGGAACACCUGCACCAACGAUCCCUCUCAGAGGAACAACGAUCCCUCUCAGAGGAACACCUGCAACAACGAUCCCUCUCAGAGGAACACCUGCAACAACGAUCCCUCUCAGAGGAACACCUGCAACAACGGUCCCUCUCAGAGGAACACCUGCACCAACGAUCCCUCUCAGAGGAACACCUGCACCAACGAUCCCUCUCAGAGGAACACCUGCACCAACGAUCCCUCUCAGAGGAACACCUGCACCAACGAUCCCUCUCAGAGGAACACCUGCACCAACGAUCCCUCUCAGAGGAACACCUGCACCAACGAUCCCUCUCAGAGGAACACCUGCAACAACGAUCCCUCUCAGAGGAACAACGAUCCCUCUCAGAGGAACACCUGCACCAACGAUCCCUCUCAGAGGAACACCUGCAACAACGAUCCCUCUCAGAGGAACAACGAUCCCUCUCAGAGGAACACCUGCAACAACGAUCCCUCUCAGAGGAACACCUGCAACAACGAUCCCUCUCAGAAGGCACAAGGAGGAACAGCGUUGACGACCUGACUCCGUCGUUCGGCAGCGACCCUGGCGUUGUAACCCCGGGGUCGUUGUCCUUCGUCCAGCAGCAUGACAUUUCUGAUCUCCUCGCCGCCUCCUCCUUCUCCGCUCCUUCCUCUCUAACUGCUGAACGUAACACCACUUCCUCUCUAGCUCUCUCCUCUCUCCCUGCCCCGCCCCCUGCUACUGUGACGUCAUCCGUAAGCACUGUCUCCGCCGCACCCCUUUUCUCCACUGCACAGCCAGUGGUUGGUGCGUCGCAUGCUGGCAUGCCCCAGGAGAUACAUCCGCCAGCCAAUCAGCAGAUCAGUGACGCAUCUUACCGUAUGUCCCUUUCCAGUCCUCACCCAGUGAAGCCCCUGACCCCAGAGGAGAAGAGGCGGGCGGAACUUUCCGAGGGGCGGUCGGUGCUGGACAAACUGAAGUCCUCAAUCCACUCUGGGAGGAGCAGCCAGCCCACCAAUCAGCAACCUGAGAAGAAGUCUCUGACUGAGGGAGCUGGGCCUUACUACCACCUGACCCACAGUGAGCUGGUCGCCCUCCUCCUCCAACGGGAGGCAGACCUACACCGGCAGAGGGCGGAGUUUGACCAACAGGGUGCGUUGCUAGCGAAGCGGGAGGCAGAGUUGAAGAAGAUGAAGCCUCAGGUUAGGGAUCUGGAGGACUACAUAGACACGCUGCUUGUUCGCAUUAUGGAGCAGACUCCCAUCAUCCUGCAGGUUGGCACCAAGCUCAAGUGACCGAGAGAGGGACUGGUGGAAUGGGGGUAACUAGCACCUGGGGUUGUGACAUUUCCUGGUUGAUUCCCGGAAUCCGGAGGGAAUAAGCAGGAAUUCUCUAACUGGGAUUCCUGGAAAACCUGAGAUUUUUUUUUUUACGCAAUUUUGCAACCCUGCUUGCUCCUCGUUACUCUGACCCCCCCCAUAACAACCUCUACUCUGACCUGACACCCCCCCCCAU